AUGCUUCCUUUUGACCAGGUUAAGGGAUUUCGGAAGCAGUUGAUAGAUUUUGUCCAAGGGAUUCAUUCUUUGCUUUGUAUAGCCAUGCAAUUAGUACUAUUGUGCCUAGUGAUUCUCAAGCUCACUCCAGCCUUUGCAACCACCCUGAAUGAUGCCUAUGGUGAUGCCCCUGGUUGUCCAUUAGGGAGUGGCAUAUACCGAUACACUUGCCCAGAGGCUGAGGCUGUCAUCUUCUAUUGGGUGGAGCAGGCAGUGGCUGAAGACUCAAGAAUGGCAGCCUCACUGCUUAGGCUACAUUUCCAUGAUUGCUUUGUCAAUGGUUGUGAUGCUUCAGUCUUGCUGGAUGACACACAGGACUUUGUUGGUGAGAAAACUGCAGGUCCAAAUUUGAAUUCACUCAGAGGAUUUGAAGUUAUCGACAAAAUCAAAUCCGAGCUGGAACUAAUUUGUCCACAGACUGUCUCUUGUGCUGACAUACUGGCAACUGCUGCCAGAGAUUCAGUUCUUCUGUCAGGAGGUCCAAUUUGGGAGGUGCAACUGGGAAGGAAAGAUGGCAUUACUGGUAGCAGGGAUGCAGCAAAUAAUAACAUCCCAGGACCAAACUCCACUGUUGAUGUGCUAGUAGCUAAGUUUGAGAAUGUAGGCCUUACACUUAAAGACAUGGUUGCUCUUUCAGGUGCACACACAAUAGGGAAAGCCCGCUGCACAACAUUUAGCUCUCGUUUGCAGAGUAGUAGCGACUCAGAGAACAUUGAUUUCAUCGCAUCAUUGCAACAGUUGUGCUCAGGAGCAGAUAAUGGCAACAUAGUUGCACAUCUUGACUUGGCUACACCUGCUACCUUUGAUAACCAAUACUUCGUUAAUCUUCUAUCUGGGGAGGGAUUGCUCCCAUCAGACCAGACUCUUGUGAAUGGAAAUGGUCAGACACGACAGAUUGUGGAAACCUAUGUGAAGAACCCGUUAGCUUUCUUUGAGGACUUCAAGCAUUCAAUGUUGAAAAUGGGAAGCUUGGGAUCACCAACUCAGAGUAAUGGCCAGAUUCGUAGGGACUGCCGAACUGUUAACUAA